AUUUUCUGAACUACAAUACCCAUGAAGCACUUGCGGUCAUAGCAGCCGUGCCAAACGUUCCACUCAAAGAAGCCGGCAUUUUAUAUCUUUCUACGAUAUGAGGUGUCAUUUCUUGUAGCCCACCAUGGCACCGGGGGAUGUGGUGCCAGAGCAUGCCAAACAGCAGAAGACCAAGGAGAAACGUCCAGGAAACAAGGCACCAAAGUCAGAAUGUGAGGCGGAUGGGUCAUUUGUGUUUGAGGCUCACGAAGCCUGGAAGGAUUUCCAUAACUCUCUCAGGCAUUUCUAUGAAGUUGGCGAGCUGUGUGACGUUACGCUGAAGGUUGGCAGUAGGUUGAUACCGUGUCACAAGUUAGUUCUAGCUUGUGUUAUCCCCUACUUUCGGGCAAUGUUCCUAUCAGACAUGUCUGAAGCCAAACAGGAUCUUAUAGAGAUUAAAGACUUUGAUGGAGAUGCCAUUCAGGACUUGGUGCACUUUGCCUAUUCCUCCAAACUCACUUUAACCGUCGACAACGUUCAGCCACUGCUUUAUGCUGCCUGCAUCCUACAGGUUGAGUUGGUUGCCAGAGCAUGCUGUGAGUACAUGAAGGCCCACUUCCACCCCACCAACUGCCUGGCAGUCCGAACCUUUGCAGAGAGCCACAAUCGAGUGGACCUGAUGGACAUGGCUGACCGCUACGCCUGCGAGCACUUCACUGAGGUGGUGGAGUGUGAGGAUUUCACAUGUGUGUCACCCCAACACCUGCGCACAUUAUUGUCCUCUUGUGACCUCAACAUUCACUCAGAGACACAAGUGUAUAACGCAGCUGUGAAGUGGCUGAAAGCGAACCCACAGCACCAUGAAGCCUGGCUGGACCAGAUCAUGUCUCAGGUGCGGCUCCCGCUGCUGCCCGUAGAGUUUCUGACGGGAACCGUGGCAAAAGAAGAGAUGAUCAAGGGGAACCUGGACUGCCGUGACCUGAUGGAUGAGGCCAGGAACUACCACCUUCACCUGAGUAACAAGGUGGUUCCAGACUUCGAGUAUUCUGUCCGUACCGUCCCACGGAGGCACACCGCAGGGGUUCUGUUCUGUGUUGGGGGACGGGGAGGUUCUGGAGACCCAUUUCGCAGCAUCGAAUGCUUCUCCAUUACUAAAAACAGCUGGUUCUUUGGUCCUGAAAUGAACAGCAGGCGCCGUCAUGUGGGUGUGAUAUCUGUCGGAGGUAAAGUGUAUGCUGUCGGCGGCCAUGAUGGUAACGAACAUCUGGGGAAUAUGGAAAUGUUUGAUCCACUCACCAACAAGUGGAUGAUGAAAGCCUCCAUGAAUACCAAAAGGAGGGGAAUAGCACUAGCAUCUCUCGGUGGUCCCAUAUACGCCAUUGGAGGUCUCGAUGACAACUCCUGUUUCAACGACGUAGAACGUUACGACAUUGAAAACAACAGCUGGAGCGCCGUGGCUCCGAUGAACACGCCCAGAGGAGGAGUUGGAUCUGUGGCUUUGGGGAGUUACAUGUACGCAGUUGGAGGAAAUGAUGGCGUGGCGUCACUUUCCAGUGUGGAGAGGUUCAAUCCCCACCUCAACAAGUGGACGGAGGUGUGCGAAAUGGGCCAGCGGCGCGCCGGGAAUGGCGUCAGCAAACUCAAUGGCUGCCUCUACGUUGUUGGUGGCUUUGAUGAUAACUCCCCCCUGAGCUCUGUGGAGCGCUUUGACCCCCGGAUGCACCGCUGGGAGUAUGUGGCAGAGCUCACCACCCCGCGCGGUGGAGUCGGGGUUGCCACUGUAAUGGGCCGAGUGUUUGCAGUCGGAGGACACAAUGGGAACAUUUACCUGAACACAGUGGAGGCUUUUGAGCCGAGGAUGAACAGUUUGUGUAAGAUGAAGAUUUGUGGAAAAACAUAUCUGACGCGACACUAACAGCUGAAGUCUCCAAUAAACAGAAUGUUUGGAGCAAUUUGGUUGACUGCUUGGCUUAGUGUGUUUCCUCUCUGAUCUGGUGGGUUUUUAAUAAUUUAGCUUGCUACAUAUUUCAAUACAGUUUCAAUAUUUAUCUUGCUUCACAAACUUAGCCCUUUGCUUAGAUGGUCAAAACAUGUUUCAGCUACUCUCAAAGCACAGUGUGUAAUGUAACAGAUGGGUUCAGGAAAAAAAUUAUUUGCAAAGUAAGUGAAAUCCAAAGUACUUCAAAUUAUGAUCUGUUUACAUUAAAACAGGGCAGGACUUUAUCCUUUUAAAAUUUUACUGAAUAUAUAAAGUGAUUUUUGUAAAAUUCUUUUGAGAAUCGCAUCGUCCUUAAGUGUUUUCUGAGUUUUAUUUAUCAACUCAUUGAUCUUUGUUCAGCUGCAGACUUUUAACUGUUCAUUCUCUAAAGCCCCACCUCUAUAAAUUUCAUUUUAAUUUCAGAUGGGAACUGGUGGGCUCCGUGUCCCACUGCCGAGCCGGAGCCGGAGUGGCCGUGUGCUUGUGUCACGUCAGCCAGAUCAGAGACGUCGGCCAGGGCUCCAGCAACGUGGUCAACUGCAUGUGACGACUGUCCCGCGUAUGACAAGGUGACUGACUGCAGCGUCACCGUCAGAACCAAUCACAGCACAAAGCACACAGCGAGCGAAGCUACUCACUUUCACGCUGCAGGCCGAUGUUCGGUCAGCACUCCGUAUCAGAGGAUGAUUAGGGAAAAGUAACAGACUUGAAUUUAAAAAAAUACACACUGACAAAAUUUUAUGUUUCUAAACUUCUGGUGGUAUUUGCAAUCUUUAAUGAAGUAUUUUGUACUUUUUUUUUUGUUUGAGUAUAUAUUAUUUGCUGAGCUCUUAUUUAAAGGAAACAUCUUGAGAAUUAAUGUAUUCAGAAUAAAGACUGUAACAAGGGGCCAGUAUGAAAGGGUUUAAAGUUCUCUCAGAAGACGGCCGCUACUUCGCUGCAUUUGCUGCAUUUGUCCAGAGUGAUGUGACUGAUCGGUUUCUUACUGGCUCAUUUUUAUCAGUUAGGAUGUGAAGCUGUUUCCUUUACGCUCACUCCAAGUUUUUGUUCCAGCAUUUUCAAUGUUUUCAUGUUCUCUCCAGUUUUAAGCUGAACUAGCUGACAUUUAUCCUUUGAUUUAUCCGUUAAGAAUCAUUGCCGGUCAGUAAAGCCUAGAAACAAAUCAGUUCUCGCUUUCAGGACCUUUAACACUCGGGGACUCAACACUCCUGCAAGUGCCAAACAGAACAAACACUGGCAAAUCCAGUUGAAAUCUGCUGAAUUAAUAUUGCUUCUCCAUUGCUGACAGAGGUGUCAUAAAGAGAUCAAAGCAAUAUGGUACACCGCCAAUACAAUAUUUCCCUUAAAAUUUGAGAUUUGUGAAUGAUGAUAGCUGGACUGUCAGAAAUCCUAAUCAUUUUGUUGUUUUAGAUGUGUACGCUACUCAGACGAGGUUUGUAUCUGCAAAUGGUUCCAUUAUAUUUCAAUAUACAUAGAAACAUUUUUGUAUAAUCGAACAAUUCCUAACUGUAUAAUCCAUUGCUGUUCUCUAUUUUCCUAGAAUAGACGUGAGGUCUGAAUAUAUUUUUGUCCAAAUUAGGAAAUUUCAUGUUAUAUGUUCAUACAGUAUGUCAGUUUAGCACAAGUGGUUCUGCCAUAUGGAAGAUUUCAAAUAUUUAUAACCUUUGGCAGAAUUUUCAUAAUAGGACUACAAAUGACUCUUUCAGAUAUACUGUUUGUACAAGAUAAAUACAAAGUGUUGCACAAAUCUUGUGUUAAAUUUAACAAUCAUUUUCUAGCAAACUUGAAGCCAGUUUUGUGUGUUUAAAUGUUAAUGUGUGAAAUGUGUGGUGUUUGACUAUAUUGUGCUUUAUGAACAUACAGUGUUGGUAUAAAAUUAUUAAAUAAAGUUGUUUGAAUAUCA